GGUUGCAAAUCAACCUAUAUACGUGAGGAUAAAUUCUGAUUGUUCCAUUAAAGAUUUCAAGAAAACCACGGUUCCAGCCAUGUAUGAAUUUUGGGCCGAGCUAGCCGACCGAGUCGACCAGAUCGAACAAGCGCUCUUGUAUGGCUUUAGUGACCAUCAGGCAGCUGGGUUUCAAUAUAUGCCAUCCUAUUUCUUAAGUGUCUACGCGAGUUUGGUGGAUGUAUUGAACGGAAUUUCCACGGAGCUUGCUAAGGGCAAUGAAGAAGACAGAAAACUCCUUUUCAAUCGGGCUGUCGGACUUCUCCAGAGGUUUUAUGAGUACAUACAAGAAAAUACCAAUGACUUAACGCCAUAUGGAGGAUUUUACUACAAGCUAUGGAAACGUAUUGACAAACUCUCAAAGCAGCCAUGCGUUUCUUUACACCCCAACAUCCUAACCCACAUUAUAAGGAUGACAAAGCUGGCAGAAGGGCUUAUAGCUGCAACCGAACAACUCUGGACAGUCGAAGGGGAUCUUUACGAUCGCAAAGCUUUCCGAGCGGCCUACGAAAAAUUCAGGAAGCUUGACCAGAACCAUUCGAAAGACGACGUCAGCUUUCGCGAUUUUGCCUUAGAAUCACAACAGAUCCUUCACGAAGCCUACUUGGGUCUUCGCAUGCCCUUGGCCCAGAACGCUAUACGCUUCAACCCUUUCGAUGACAACAAACUCCCCAUGUACAUUGAUGCAUCAUGCAAAUCUGAUGCUUAUAUCCGCGGAUCGGGCGAGAGGCCUGGUGUGCUAAGUCUCAAGCAAAAACUUGGUGGCCCAGUUCCUACCAAGGAAGAGAAAGGUUCCAAGAAACGAGGUUUGUCGGACGAUGAGGACGAAACGCCAGCGCCUAAAAGAUCCCGCCAAGUUUAUGGUUAUACUAUGACCAUGGAUAAUGUCGACGCCGACAUUGAGGAUAUCUACAGCAAUGUGGGUUACAACCAGAUAACGGAGCGGCCCCACCCAUGCAGGCUCAUCACACCAACUUUCAAGAAUCGGGAUGAUACGAUACAAAACUAUGAAGCGGAAUUUCUUAAGAGGUUAAGGCUAUACCUGAGAAACUAUUUCAAACCGGAAAGCCCUCCGACGACACAAGGUGCGCGGGACGCACUGCUCAAGAGACUAGAAAAAGAAAUAGUUUUGUUGCGAUUUACGGUAGGAUCAAAGUCCGACCGUCACACUACUUCUACAAACCUCAAGGAAGCGAGAAUUUCGUCUUACUCGUUGAAAUUCCUUCGAUCGCUUUACAUGAAAUUGCUACUUUCCUCUGAGCCGCCUGUGUCGGCCCAGCGACUAAACCAGGCCUUAAUUGACCGUCUCGAUGAUUGGAUAUUACACGAACGGGCUUGGAACGCGGCCGAUGAAAAGGCCAAGGACGGAAAACGUACAACAGCUAUGAAGCAGACUUGGAUCGACGGUUUCUUAGAAGGGCGGAACAAGAACAUUGAAUCAUGGAAGGCAUUGCAGAAGCAAUUCGUUAGGAAUCCGCUUGAACAACGCGAAAUGGUUGAAGCAGAAAGACCUAAGUCUGAGGAGACUAAAAACCCCGCUGCAUUUGAGGCACCUAGGCCUCGGUGGGCCGGGGGGCCGGCCGCCCCUGUGAGAGAUAAGCACCAGAACCGUUCUGGAAACGACGGAAUUUAUCUCCUCCCGAGACGUGCUGAUAGGACAAUCUACGUAAAUGAAGCAGCUGAACGUAGACGAGCGGAGCGAGCGACUGUACGCGAUAUGAUUCGUAACUUUGGGCCAAGCGGUCGGGAGGCGGAGCGCGACUUGCUAUCUAGAUAUAGCACGGAGGACAGAACAACGGCACAGGUAGCUGCCGCACUCGCCAAAGGAGGACCACCGGACUACGAGCAAAUACCUACCGGAACUGUCUUCGAGAAAUUGGUAUAUAUGAUCGUCUUGACGCAGUGGCGCCUUUACCAGAUACGGGAUAUCCUAUAAAGAUAAAGCUCA